AUGGCAGAUAUUUCGGUGUACACGUUCCCGCCGAGCCCUCCCAAGUGGGAUAGGGUAGGUGUGUUUUACGUUUCGUUUUGUACCAUCUGGACCACUCUCGUGUUCUCCGGCAUGGCAUUUUGUUGGUUCAACCGUCGCAAUCCUAUCCUCAAGAUCCGUGGUCUGUCACUGUCGUUCGCUUCCAUUACUUUUCUACAUGCAUACUGGAUCCUCGGUCAGAUCACGUACCCCAUCGGAGCAACCAUGCCACUCGUUCUCGCGUAUGAUAUUCAGUAUUUCUUCAUGGGAAUAUGGUUUCCCCUAGGCAUCGCCCUGUUCCACGCAUCCAACAGUCGCUUCCUUUACGUCGCCAAGCUACAGAAGCAGUUUACACAUCCCGAGCUUCGUAGCCAUACGGGCUGUAAUGGCGCUCAGACUUCAUGGCUUUGCCGCCUGAGAAACACGAGCUACGCAACAAUUAUCAUGGUAUUGAUCAGCAUUGGCAUGAUUCUCCAGGCCCUCCUCACUGUCGGUAUGUGGCUGGCUUGUCGAAAGUACCAUCCGACAUUCGGUAUCCCCGGUACGGAACUUCGCGGCGCAACACUCCCAGAGCAACUGGUAGACCUAGGUCGAGGGUGGGAAUGGUGGCCUUCAGUGCUAUGGCAAGUGAUUUGGACUUGGAUCGUCGCACCCAUCCUGAUCUGGCGAGCCUGGGGGAUUCGUGAUACGAUGGGAUGGCGUACACAAACCAUCGGCUGCUGUCUCUCCAACCUCCACGCGACGCCGAUGUUUAUGAUCUCAACAUACGUACCCGCAUUUGCUCCAGUUAACGCGUAUUUUGCCCCAAGUCAAUGGAUCCACCUCUCCGUGAUGAUGUUCGAAAUAUUCGCCGUAUUUGUCCCCGUUUGUCAGGUCUUGAUGCUCUGGAUCCUGAACAAAAAGGCUGCGGCCUCAAACGCCAAAUGGGAAACAGCAUCCCAAUCAACUACACUCAUAGCAUCGGCCUCGGUAGAAUGGCAAUUUUCUUCUUCGCUCAUCGUUGCCGAGAAGGGCCAAACACUAGAUUAUCUAGACGACACGAUGGGCGAUCGCUUGUUGACCAUGACUGCCCUUGAGCAUGUGCUCAAUGACAACCCAGGUCCGCUGCAAGAAUUCUCGGCGCUGAGCGAUUUCUCCGGGGAAAACAUUGCCUUCUUGACCCUCACUGCAAUGUGGAAGUCAACUUGGCCAGAGGGACCCGACGAGAAGCAGAGACUUGAUGCGUACAACCGCGCACUGGACAUCUACACCGACUUCAUCAGUCCACGAGACGCCGAGUUUCCCUUAAACUUGUCUUCACAAAACUUGAAGCAGCUCGAAGAUAUUUUCGAGAAGCCCGCCCGAAUUGUGUGCGGAGAGGUACGGGUCAAUCCGGUCACACCCUUUGAUGUUGACCAGUCAAUCUUUGGACAAGGCUCGACGAGGCGGGAACACACUGCUGCCCGAGCAAACUACACAGGCGACAUCCCUGAAGACUUCGACUUGACUGUUUUCGACAGUGCACUGUCCCAUAUCAAGUACCUAGUCUUGACAAACACAUGGCCGAAGUUCGUGAGGGAGAUGCAACAACGAAGACGCUCAAGUGAGACGGGGCGGAGUGGUUUCACGGAUACGUCACAGACAACUCUUGUGAGUCGGGUGUCCAGUCAAGUGUCAGGCUUCGUUCGUUCGUUCUUUUGA